AUGGCGCUCGACAGCUAUUACCGAAACAAGAUAGAGAGCAUGAAGCUGGAGAUUAUUCAAGGGCAAGCUGUUCUCAGGCGGUUAGAGGCGCAGAGGAAUGACUAUAACUCAAGAGUAAGGUUACUGCGGGAAGAGCUAGGUCUUCUGCAGCAGCCAGGCUCCUAUGUCGGCGAGGUGGUCAAGGUCAUGGGCACCAAGAAGGUCCUAGUCAAGGUCCACCCUGAAGGGAAAUACGUGGUGGAUAUUGCGGACGGGGUCGACAUAGCCAAGCUGACCGUCGGAAAACGAGUGUCUCUCCUGUCCGAUACGUAUAAGUUAGAGAAGAUGUUGCCUUCCUCUGUCGAUCCUCUAGUAUCCUUGAUGAUGGUUGAAAAGGUGCCAGACAGUACCUAUGAUAUGAUCGGUGGACUAGAUCAACAAAUUAAGGAGAUCAAAGAAGUUAUCGAACUAGGUCUCAAGCACCCGGAGCUGUUCGAGUCCCUCGGAAUCGCGCAGCCCAAGGGUGUGUUACUUUACGGGCCUCCGGGGACUGGCAAGACGCUGCUUGCGCGAGCGGUUGCACAUCAUACAGAUUGCAAAUUCAUCCGAGUCAGCGGCUCCGAGCUUGUACAGAAAUAUAUUGGUGAGGGAAGUAGAAUGGUUCGAGAGCUCUUUGUUAUGGCCCGAGAGCACGCUCCAAGCAUCAUAUUCAUGGACGAGAUUGAUAGCAUUGGUUCCAGUCGAGUAGAGGGGAGCAGCGGUGGAGAUUCGGAGGUCCAACGCACCAUGUUGGAGCUUCUUAAUCAGCUUGAUGGUGUCGAAGCCAGAGCUGACAUUCUCCGCAUCCACUCCCGCUCGAUGAACUUAACUCGUGGCAUCAACUUAACUAAGAUCGCCGAGAAAAUGAACGGCUGCUCUGGUGCUGAGCUGAAGGGAGUGUGUACCGAAGCUGGCAUGUACGCCUUGCGAGAGCGACGAGUACAUGUUACGCAGGAGGACUUUGAUCUCGCAACUGCCAAGGUUCUCAAUAAACACGACGACAAGGAGGUCAGUCUCGGCAAGCUGUGGAAAUAA